UGGCAACUCUGGUUUUAGUCAGCUGUUUUUGUUCUUUUUGUUGACGUUGUGUAGCGGUGUUAGUUGGCCAUUUUUGUAGAUAUAAUUUGGUAACUAUGACGCUGGCCUAUGAUUCCGUGCUGUCCACAACGGCGGUGAUCAGCACUGUUUUUCAAUUUCUAUCGGGCACCGUUAUAUGUCGGAAAUACAUACAAAAGAAGAGCACGGGUGAAUCGUCUGGUGUGCCAUUCAUAUGCGGCUUCUUAUCCUGCAGUUUUUGGCUGCGCUAUGGGGUGCUCACCAACGAGCAGAGCGUCGUUAUGGUCAAUAUGAUUGGCUCCACGCUCUUUCUGGUCUACACAUUGGUCUACUAUGUGUUCACGGUCAACAAACGUGCCUACGUAAAGCAAUUUGGCAUUGUUCUGGCAAUACUCAUUGGCGUUAUUGUGUACACAAACAGUUUGCAAGACGACCCCCAAAAGAUGAUAUACAUAACAGGCAUUGUUUGUUGCGUUGUUACCGUAUGCUUCUUUGCCGCACCGCUCACGUCCCUGGUGCAUGUGAUACGUGUGAAGAACUCGGAGAGUUUACCCCUACCCCUUAUUGCCACAUCGUUUUUUGUCAGCCUACAGUGGUUAAUCUAUGGUGUUCUAAUAUCAGACUCAUUUAUCCAGAUACCAAACUUUCUGGGCUGCCUACUGUCUCUGCUGCAAUUGGGCCUAUUUGUAUUGUAUCCUCCACGUAGUUAUUCCGGUCAGGGCUACAAGUUAUUAGAACAGGCCGUGCCCUUUUAAGUUUAGUUAUGUACAACCUUACAAUAUUAGGUCAUGUAUUUGUAUGUACUUAUAUAUUGCGCAUUUUGCAUAUGAUAUCUAAGCAUGUUUCAUACAGGUAUAUAUAUAUUUUGAUAUAACGUAAUUGGCGAAAAUGUCGCUUGCUUAGUUUCUAUAGACUUACGUUUUUUAGCAUAUACUGUAAAAUAUUUAUAAAACUGAUC